AUGAAGGAGCCAAACUGCUACGAAAUACUUGUCAAAACUGAGUCAGAGAACGUACAAAAACAUGUUGCCGGGUGCCUUGAGAAGAUGAAAACAGGAAAUGUCAAAAUCGUAGGUAAGCAGCAUGGAAUUACGAAGGCGUUCACUCUGUUGGAGCUCUUGAAAAAGCAGACCAAGGAUAUGAACCACAGCAUACGCUUCAAAAACUUGAAGGCCAUCGGACCUGAUAGAAGAAAGGCCCUCGAAAUUAACAUAUUCCUUUCUCUGCGAAAUUAG